AUGGCUAGUGAAAGCAGCGCAUGUGAAACAUCGGCGCACAGCGCGAUCGAAUGCGUCAAAGACAAUGAGAGCUCAUCACCUGACGUCGACGUGCUUCGAGCAAACAUCACCGAUGAACGUCACGCCUGCAGCUGGGUAGAAGACUACGGCUUGAAGACGAAUACGUCAUGGGUUGUAGACUUCGUCAAGCCAACAGCAAAGUGUGAAAGGAUGGUGUUCCACAAAGUAUGGCGUUGCAAAGAGGCAAAGCGGGAAAAAUCAUGUGGUGAGGCUGCAGCACACUGUCCAGCAAAGAUUGACCUCAAAAUCAAGAAGGUCAACAGAAAUACAAAACGUAAUGAUGCCUUUUUACGUGGGGAAAAGCCACUGCCAGCUGUGAUAAAGCUUUUUCAUCACAAAGACCACAGCCACAGCACUGCAGCAGCAGACGCACUUUCUCGUCUCACUCCAACAAUGCAGACCAGAGAGACCUUUUUGGCCUACUUCGACAACGGCAUGUCACCAGCUGAAGCCAUCAGGCUUCACGAGAGCAAACUGCUUGUGCAAAAAGAUGGGUAUGCUCUCGUUGCUAACUCGGCAGUAAAUCCAUUGCCUCCUGCCAUAUAUUACUGGCACAGGCUCUGGAGAGAAAAAAACUUUGGAAAAGAUGUAGACCCCCUCCUAAAGAUAGCUGAGAAGAUGCCACUCUAUGCUAAACAUGGCGUUGAUGUCAAACUGGGCCGCUCAGAGGAUGGCCAGUACUGGGUGGUCUUGGUUGCGACACCGAUCAUGAGACGAGCACAGCUGUUAAAUGCAGCAACAGAAAUUAUUUUUAUUGAUUCGACAUCAUCGUGCGACGCAUCACGAAGCACCGUGACUGUUCUUCUGGCAGCCACGAAUGCGGGUGCCGUACCCAUCGCGGUACUAAUUCAUAAUUCGCAGUCAGCCCAAGGCUAUUGCACGGCCUUUACGCUUCUGAAGGACACCUUCCCAACCUGCUUUGGGGGGCUCAGU